GGGCAGUCAAUGAGCCCAGUUAAUGCGAGCUCCCUCCUAUAGCUCUCGCAGCUCCAGAGCAAGACAAGACAAGAGUCUCCACCAGACGCAAACCUUUACUAACAACAGGACUGAAAUCCUCUCUCUCUGCUGCACUGGGGAACGUCAGGAUAGCCAUGUCUACAAAGAAGAUCUGCUGUCUUGUGCUGCUGGUCCUAGGGCUCCUGGCUAUUGUAGUUUCUGUCAUUGUAAUCCUGGCGCAGCCCAAGUGUGCUCCUGGAAGUUAUCUGCAUGCUGCUGUAGCAGCUGACACUGAAAUCUGUUCGGACAUUGGCAGGGACAUCCUACAACGUAAAGGUUCAGCUGUGGAUGCUGCUAUUGCUGCUCUGGUCUGCACUUCGGUUUUGAACCCCCAGAGUAUGGGCCUGGGAGGAGGUGUCAUCUUUACUAUCUAUAAUGCAACCACAGGAGAGGUCAUGGUGAUUAACGCUCGUGAAACAGCUCCAGAAAAUAUCAACCAAGACUUGUUAAAUCAGUGUAAUGAUUUCACUCUCCAAAUAGGGAGCCAGUGGAUUGCAGUCCCAGGGGAACUUCGUGGAUAUGAAGAAGCCCACAGGCGCUAUGGCCGGUUGCCAUGGAAAUGGCUGUUUGAACCAACCAUCCAGCUUCUUACACAUGGAAUCAGAAUGCCAGCAGCGCUGAGCAAAUUUCUCAGUCACCCACUGUUACAGAGCUUUUUGAAAAAGUCAUCCUUGUGCCAGCUGUUCUGUGAGAAUGGUGUGGUCCUAAAACCUGAUGCAAUCAUCUUUUGGCCAACUCUGCUGAAAACACUGAAGGCUGUAGCAGAGAAGGGAGCCAGAGAAUUUUAUGAGGGCGAGAUAGCACAGAAUCUGGUGAAGGACAUAAAACAUGAAAACGGCAAUCUGAUGCUGAGUGACCUCAAGAAUUUCCAGGCAGAAGUGAUGACACCCCUGAAUAUUUCUCUGGGUGGAUACACAAUGUAUUCGCCCCCACCACCAGCUGGGGGUGCUGUUCUUCUCUUCAUCCUCAACAUACUGAAAGAGUUUAAAUUCACGCCAGAGUCCCUGGAGCCGGCCAAUAGGAAGAUUGAGACCUACCAUCGUAUUGCAGAGGCACUGAAGUUUGGCAAUGGGCAAAAACCAAAACUGGAUGACCCACAGUUCUCUGGCAUACAGCAGGUGAUUAUUCAGGAACUGUUGUCGAACUCCUUUGCUGAACUUGUCAGGAAGCGUAUAGAUGACAGAGGUGACCAUCCACGCAGUUUUUACAAUCUCUCACAGCCAAGCAACACAGGCUACGGCACCUCCCACGUCUCCGUCCUCGCUGAAGAUGGCAGUGCUGUGUCUGUCACCAGCACUAUCAACCAGCCGUUUGGCUCAAUGGUAUAUUCUCCAAGCACUGGGAUCAUUUUAAAUAACGAGCUCGCUGACUUCUGCAAGAAGAAGCCAAAAAACAAGAUCACUAGCGGAGAGAGACCCCCCUCUGACAUGGUUCCUUCCAUUCUCAUCUCCAAAGAUGAUAACUCCAAGCUGGUGAUUGGAGGCUCAGGAGGGGACCUGAUUAUCAGCGCCACUGCCUUGGCGAUCAUGAACAAACUCUGGUUUGGCUAUGACCUGGAGCGUGCCAUCUCACUGCCGGUUCUCCAUGCCUCCAUGAACAACUCCAUCCAGUUUGAGCCAGGCUUUGAUGAGGCUGUUAAGGGGGAACUGCUGCGCAGAGGACACCAUGAACAGAAACGCACCAUGUUCCUGAAUGUUGUGCAGGGGAUUUCAAAGGAAGGAAGAUGCAUCUUUGCUUAUUCUGAUCGAAGGAAGCUGGGGAAGUCAUCUGGGUAUUAAGAACAAGUGCUGUAGCAAACAUUUUAUUGUAGCCAAAAAGAGUAUGAAAUAACUGGGUCCAGCUAUCCUGGAAGCACCCCUGACAUCUCCUGUACCAGUCGGACUUCCUGAAGCCACCUAGCAGAGAGUGUGGGUGAGACUCAUAGUAACAACUGACCCUCCAAUAUAUGGAAAGCUACAUUCAAGCUGUUACAGGCACUAGUCAGCCAGUCUUGGCUAGAAUCAUACCCUCCAUGUAUUAUAUCUGCUAGUUGGGUCCAGAGGACAAAGGACCAGCACUUGUGUGAUAUAUAGAAAUAUAUUUUGUGAACAGAGCAGCUAGUAACCAAGCAGAAUUUGGAAAGGGGAACCAGGCCCACUGCCAAUGGGAGCUGCCCUCAGGGACCUGACUCUAUCUUCCCUAGAGUCUGAAGAUCCUCAGAUAGGAGGGGGGGGUGGUUUCUUUCUGGCUUUGGAACCCCCCCCCCCCCCCCCACAUGUGAAUGUGCUUUCUGGCCACACCAUUAAUGUGAAAUAGGAAGCUAUGACAGACUUCUUUCUUUGCUCAGGUGUGUUUCAGCACCACCAAGUUGCACAGCAGAGCUGCAAGAUACAGCUUUGCAUGGACACACGAUAAGGGAGUGAGUCUAACAAUAUUUUGUCUAGCUCUUGCCUGUCCCAUGGGUAUCAUUUGACAUUAGCAUUAGCACAAACCUGUCUAUGUACUACAGCAUCUGUUGCCAUAGUCAGCUACUCUAGGAAUGAGGGCCACCUCUGUAGCAGCGCUGAAGGUUUCUUAGGCACUGCCUAAGAGAGAGUCUCUACAAAUGAGCGGUGCAAAGUGUGACUGUGCAUUCGUGUGGAUAAUGUGAAUUCUUUUCUCCUUUGGAAGGAACUGAUGAUGUAUUAUUACAGAUAAUCUUCCAGUUUUACACCUCUCCCCUGGGGGCGGGGAGCCCUAAGCAUUCUUCAAAUUUCCUUGCUCAUCCUUAUCUAGAUGUGAGCCACAGUGAAGCUGAAGACAGGCCCCUAGAUGAGUUGAAGUGAGGAUGCACAAGAAAAGGAAAUGAAUAUUUCUUCAAAACAGGAGGAGUGAAAUGGGUUCCGGGAGGACCCUUUAAAAUAAAGGUGCAGGUAAGAGUAGCCAUAUAAAUAAGAAGAAAACAAAGAAAGAGGAAGUGGGACCGCUAAACACUGAGGAUGGAGUGGAGGUUAAGGAUAAUUUAGGCAUGGCCCAAUAGCUAAACAAAUACUUUGCCUCAAUCUUUAAUGAGGAGCUUAGGGAUAACGGCAGGAUGACAAAUGGGAAUGAGGAUAUCCAUAUCCUGUGGUAGCUAUUACCACAUCCGAGGUAGAAGCCAAACUCGAACAGCUUAAUGGGACUAAAUUGGGGGGCCCAGAUAAUCUUCAUCCAAGAAUAUUAAAGGAACUGGAACAUGAAAUUGCAAGCCCAUUAGCAAGAAUUUUUAAUGAAUCUGUAAACUCAGGGGUUGUACCAAAUGACUGGAAAAUUGCUAACAUAGUUCCUAUGUUUAAGAAAGGAAAAAAAAGUGAUCCGGGUAACUACAGACCUGUUAGUUUGACAUCUGUAGUAUGCAAGGUCUUAGAAAUGAUUUGAAGGAGAAAGUAGUUAAGCACAUUGAGGUCAAUGGUAAUAGGGACAAAAUACAACAUGGUUUUACAAAAGGUAGAUCAUGCGAAACCAACCUGAUCUCCUUCUUUGAGAAGGUAACAGAUUUUUUUUAGACAAAGGAAACGCAGUGGAUCUAAUUUAUCUCAAGUUCAGUAAGGCAUUUGAUAUGGUUCCACAUGGGAAAUUAUUAGUUAAAUUGGAAAAGAUGGGGAUCAAUAUGAAAAUUGAAAGGUGGAUAAGGAACUGGUUAAAGGGGAGACUACAACGGGUCGUACUGAAAGGUGAACUGUCAGGCUGGAAGGAGGUUACUAGUGGAGUUCCUCAGGGAUUGGUUUUGGAACCAAUCUUAUUUAAUCUUGUUAUUAUUGACCCUGGCACAAAAGGUGGGAAUGUGCUAAUAAAGUUUGCGGCUGACAUGAAGCUGAGAGGUAUUGCCAAUACGGAGAGGGACCAGGAUAUCCUACAGGAAGAUCUGGAUGACCUUGUAAACUGGAAUAAUAGUAAUAGGAUGAAAUUUAAUAGUGAAAAGUGCAAGGUCAUGCAUUUAGGGAUUAAUAACAAAAAUUUUUGUUAUAAACUGGGAACGCAUCACUUGGAAAUAACAGAGGAGGAGAAGGACCUCGGAGUACUGGUUGAUCACAGGAUGACUAUGAGCCAUCAAUGUGAUAUGGCUGUGAAAAAAAGCUACUAUGGUCUUGGGAUGCAUCAGGCGAGGUAUUUCCAGUAGAGAUAAGGCGGUUUUAGUACCGUUAUACAAAGCAUUGGUGAGACCUCAUCUGGAAUAGUGUGUGCAGUUCUGGUCUCCCAUGUUUAAGAAGGAUGAAUUCAAACUGGAACAGGUACAGAGAAGGGCUACUAGGAUGAUUCGAGGAAUAUAAAACCUGUCUUAUGAAAGGAGACUCAAAGAGCUUGGCUUGUUUAGCCUAACGAAAAGAAGGCUUGAGAGGAGAUAUGAUUGCUCUCUCUAAAUAUAUCAGAGGGAUUAAUACCUGAGAGGGAGAGGAAUUAUUUAAGCUCAGUACCAAUGUGGACACAAGAACAAAUGGAUAUAAACUGGCCAUCAGGAAGUUUAGACUUGAAAUUAGACAAAGGUUUCUAACCAUCUGAGGAGUGAAGGUCUGGAAUAGCCUUCCAAAGGGAGCAGUGGAGGCAAAAGACAUCGCUGGCUUCAAGACUCAGCUUGAUAAGUUUAUGAAAGGGAUGGUAUGAGGGGAUAUCCUAAUUUUGGCAAUUAAUUGAUCUUUGACUAUUAGCGGUAAAUAUGCCCAAUGGCCUGUGAUGGGAUGUUAGAUGGGGUGGGAUCUGAGUUACUACAGAGAAUUCUUUCCUGGGUAUCUGGUUGGUGAGGCUUGCCCACAUGCGCAGGGUUUAGCUGAUGGCCAUAUUGUGAGGUCAGGAAGGAAUUUUCCUCCAGGGCAUAUUGGCAGAGGCCCUGGGGGGUUUUCACCUUCCUUUGCAGCAUGGGGCACGGAUCACUUGCUGGAGGAUUCUCUGCACCUUGAAGUCUUUAAACCAUAAGUCGAGGACUUCAAUAGCUCAGAUAUAAGUCAGCGGUUUGUUGCAGGAGUGGGUGGGUGAGAUUCUGUGGCCUGCAUUGUGCAGGAGGUCAGACUAGAAGAUCAUAAUGGUCCCUUCUGACCUUAAAGUCUAAGAGUCUAAGAGUAGCAUAGUCAGGAUUUCUAUUAUAUCUGCACAAACACACAAUGAGCCUUUCCUAACUGGAGCUGUUACUGCACCCACCAACGCAAUGAGACAUGAUGCAGACUGGUGCUGUGCGUUCUGUGACUAUUUUACACCUGUGUCCUCAGGAAGAAUUGUGCUCCACAAAAAUGAGUUGCCCCAAUUAACUACCACAAGUGACCUAUGUUUUUCAGAGAAUUUAAGGAGACGACUGUAGGAACAUGCCAAAGAACAGUCAUAACUAAUAUGCCUGUAGGAGGGGAGCGGACUAGUGCUUGUUAAAUCACAGACGUGCACGGCCUAGGGGGUUAUAUACACCUCAUCCCUGCCAUAGGUAUGAUUGGGCAGGCAGUCACAUUGUUUAUAUUUGUACACUGAUAGUUUUAAAGGGCUUUAGAAAAAUUCAUAGGACCAAAGAUUCAGCAUGCCUCUAUAAAUUCACCUGCAGCCACUUGUGUGUAUAGGAACCUUUGUUUGCAUGCAGGAAUUUGAGAUUAUUAUACACUUUUAAAGCCUCGCAUAUAACAAAUUUAUAUUGGCUUUUUUGUGUGUGUGCGUUAAUAGAUUCCCUAUUCUAUUAACCCAUUUGAUGCAGAAAAGCAAGCAGUUACACUCAUGUCAGACCUUAGUCUUUUUACAGCAGUCUCAUUAUCCCCCCACCACUGUUUUCAAACUCAUGCUUAAAAUGUCUCCGCAAACCCUUCUGACUGUUAGCUUUUCGUCCCAAAUGGCUGCAUACAUGCCUUUAAAAAAAUCCUAUAUCUCAUGAAACCAGAUUGCUGGAUGCCUGCUUUUUCUACUCAUAAGCCCCUAUCAUGUAAAUAAAAUGCUAGUCACUUAGAACCCUAUUAACUCGGAGAAACAAAAGUCAGCCUUUAGAUGCAUUUCAGUGCUGUUGAAAAUUAAACUUGCUACAAAGAGCGAGCUGUUUUCCUUCAGGAAUUGUACUCCAAGAAACUAUUGCAUCAACUUCCAUGAGAAGCUAUGGCUGCAUCAUAGUGGUGGCUCAUACAGAAAUAUGGUUGCACUAGAACCAUGAUGUUUUGUCUGGCAAAGUAUCAGAGGGGUACCCGUGUUAGUCUGGCUCUGUAAACAGCAACAGAGUCCUGGGGCACCUUAUAGAGUAACAGAUGUAUUGGAGCGUAAGCUGACGAAGUGGGUAUUCACCCACAAAAGCUUAUGCUCCAAUACAUCUGUCACUCUACAAGGUGCCACAGGCUGCUUUGUUGCUGUCUGGAAAACAAAUUUAUUGCUUUACGUACUAGUCAAUGAGUAAGACCAUGUUUUCCUGAAGCAGGGCUUGCUGUUUAAAGUGCUUGCCUGAACAAGUAGUAAAUGUAAGUGUGGCAGAAUGGUACAGGAUAAAAGAAUGUUGCUGGCUGGCUAGCACUCAUUCUAGAGUAUGUAGAAUGAGAGGGGCCCUGCUUUUUCUUUCUUGUUACAGUCUGGUGUUUGCAGUAGCUGUUGUGAUUUAGCAGUCAUAUGACCUGAGCUGCAGGUAUACUGACCUCUCAACAGUGGUAGCACUGAUGACUAUAAUUAGUUGCCACCCAAGAAUUGUGGGUAAUUACAUAGGCCCCAAACAGUAAGUUCAAAAAUGGACCCAACUCUUCAAGAGCAGGCCCACUGACUGUACACUAGCAGAACUAACACGUAGAACCAUAACACACUAGGCAGAUAAAUUGAACAGAAGUAGCGCUAGAGCUGUCGUGACCUUUGGCUGGGUGAAUGUUGCUUAGUGUGUAUAAAAAUGAGGAACUGGCUGGAAGUAGGCAGGAGCUAUUUUUGCUACCAUAUUACACCUCAACUCUGAUCUCAGCAUCAAUCAGGUCUAGCCCUGGGAUUCUCCGCUGGUAGGAUCCCCCAUGCCAACUGCUGCCAAGGGCAGGGGCCAAUUCUGUACACUGCCACCUUCCAUGGGCUUUACGUGACACUGUGAGAGGGGAUAUGCUUCUAUUUUCCAAUGGAAAUUUGUUUUACAAAGUUAUAUUUUUAAUAAAGUACUUUUACAAAUGG